CCCCAGGUUUCGCGGGCGUCUGACGUAUGUAAGCCGGAGACCAGACUGUCGUGUUGUUGUAUUCCAACUAGAGUAAACCAUUAUUUGAUAUGGGGAGAUCAAAGCAAACUGCCCGGAAAUCUACCACAGGAGGAAUAGUUUAUCGGUCCAUGAUGCUGAAUUCUCGAAAAACAAUUUGCGACGAGGCAUCUUUGAAGAAACCUCACCGCUUCCGACCAGGAACUGUAGCUUUGAGAGAAAUUCGUAUGUACCAGAAAACCACUGAGCUCCUCAUUCGGAAGCUUCCUUUCCAAAGACUGGUCCGGGAGAUAGCAUUGAAAAUCUCGAAGUUCAACUACAAGUUUAAGGUGGCAGCGCUGGCCUCCUUACAGGAAGCGUGUGAGGCAUUCCUUGUCGGCCUGUUUGAGGACACCAACCUUUGCGCCAUCCACGCCAAGAGAGUCACCAUUAUGCCCAGGGAUAUCAAGCUAGCACGGCGUAUCCGAGGAGACUAGCUACCAAACGACGUUUUUAAGGCUUUAUCCAAAUGAUAUUAGUGUUGUAUAUUCAUUUUAUUUGUGUUAUAAACUUUAAGCUGAAAUGUUUUGACAAGUAAUUCCAUUGGAAUGAAAGAUGUUGGCGGUUACCUUGGCGAAUGUUUAAUUAUAAGAUGAUUGGUUUCUGUGUGUUUAACUUUGUAUUUUUCGUUUUGAUUUAGUUUUUUUUGUUGUUGUUGUUGUUUUGUUUGUUUGUUAAAAAGUGUUAUUGAAUCCUUCUGAAACUACAUAACAUCAUUGUGAAAUUUCAUUUAGUACAGUGUACUUGACGCAUUAUCAUUGGCAUUAACGCUUUGGUUUUCACAGUUCUAAUAUCAGAAAUAUCAAAAUGUGUACAUAUGUGUCUGGUCAAAAUGUUGGGAUAAAUUCUCUUGUGUUGCUUUUCAUGAUAUACAGAGGUCAAAGGGAAAUUAUACUAAAGGCCCAUCAAGACAUAUUAAAAUUCCAAAGUUACUGAUGUGCUGUGAAAUAGAUUUAGACCUUCCUGGUACAAUUAAAAAACAUUGUGUGCUUUGUUUUAAAAAGUCAUUUUGCUGAAAAAUACGAUUGCGGUGUUUCCUUGCUUAUUCUUUCGGGAAGAAGAUCGUUUUUAAUGUUAUGGUACAUCUCCGACAUAUUUCAGAAUACCAAUACCAAUAAAUAUUGUGGAAU